ACAGGCAGGAGGCAGGAUGAACUCAGGGCCACCAUGGAGAGCAGCUUCACCGGUCCUGAUGAGUACCAGAAGUACUUCAUGCCCAGGGACUACCUGGCCACCUACUACAGCUUUGAGCAUGGCCCCUCGCCUGAGACUGAGAUGAUCAAGUUUAAUCUGCAGUGUCUCCACCAGACCUUUGGCCCAGGGGGCCUCCGAGGGCAAACGCUGAUUGAUGUUGGCUCAGGCCCUACCAUCUACCAAGUGCUGGCUGCUUGUGAGGCCUUCAGCGACAUCACCCUCUCUGACUUCACGGACCGAAACAGGGAAGAGCUGCAGAAAUGGCUGAGCAAGGAUCCGGGGGCCUUUGACUGGAGCUCAGUGCUGAAAUUUGCCUGUGAGCUGGAAGGGAACAGCAGCCACUGGCAGAAGAAGGCUGAGAAGCUCCGGACCACAGUGAAGAGGGUGCUCAGGUGUGAUGUGAACAUGAGCAACCCGCUGGCCCCAGUGGAGCUGCCGCCCAUGGACUGUGUGCUCACCCUGCUGGCCAUGGAGUGCGCCUGCUGCAGCCUGGCCGCCUACCGUGCUGCGCUGCGCAACCUUGCCACUCUGCUCAAGCCGGGUGGCCACCUGGUGACCAGCGUCACUCUGCAGCUCUCCUCCUACAUGGUAGGGAAGCGUGAGUUCUCCUGCCUGGCCAUGACGAAGGAGGAGGUGGAGCAGGCUGUCCUGGAUGCUGGCUUUGACAUCGAGCAGCUCCUGCACAGUGCCCAGAGCUACUCUGCCACCGCAGCUCCCAACAAGGGGAUCUGCUUCAUUGUGGCCCGAAAGCGGCUUGGGCCCUGAGCCAAGGCGUUAGCCAGGGGUCCCAGGCCCUGACCCCUGAUGAGAAGGGUUAGAAACGGGUAACAUCUAAUGGCCCCUGCUUUCAACACUCACCUACCCUCUCAAGUCUAGAUUCUAACAUCCUUGUUUAGAGACCUAACUUUCCAACAUAGCUUCUCCUCAGAUCAUAGGACAUUCAGCUUCUAAUAUCCUGAGCUCUCUGACUCCUAGACACAGUCCCAGACUUCACCCAGGAUGGCAAAGACAAGGACAGCAGCCUGUUGCCAGUGGUGUGUUGGGGAGUCUUUCAAAACCAACUCUAAUAAGACAGAAGCCCUGAUUUUUCAAUGAUGCCAGUUUCUGCGGGGCAAAUGCUUCCACUGUGGUUGAGCUCAAGCUGCCAGUGUUUUAACUUCUGUCUCACAGAACUCCUAAAAUUCUUACCAUCAGCUCUCAUGCACAGAUACAAUUGAGCUUUAACACACCACAGACUCCAGAUAAGGGCUGGUAGGUUUAGCAAAUAAAAACACAGGAUGCUCAGUUAAUUGAAUUUUAGAUGAAUGAAAUAACAUUUUUAAAGGAUAAGUAUGUCUUCCACACUGUGGGGGACAUACUUCUCCUGGAUAUUCUUUGUUGUUCAUCUGCAAUUCACAGAUACCCAGGCAGCCCCUCUGUCACCUGGCAAACCCACUCUAACCCUACACUUCUGGCUCCAGAGCUAAAAGAGCUCCUGCCCGGGAGUCAGGACUGUGCCUAGCACACAGUUGCCUUUGUGUAAGUUAGAAAGGGCUCUCCUGUUGGGGACACAUUGCAGAAAGUUGUCCUUUGGGUAGAUGAGUUGUCCAAAGGUGCCCUGUGUCCUUUUCUCUUGGGCAGAACAAUUGGAGGAAGACGCCCCUUCCUUGAGCUCACUUAUCUCUCUCCUGAGCACCUCUCAACAGCUUCCCCUCCUUCCCCAAACUGCACCUCUGUGUGGGGUCCACUCUGCUGAGCUGUACUCAGCCACACUCAGAAGAGUCAGAGGACCAGGAUUCUCAUCCCAACCCUGCCACUUCCCUGGAUCUCAUGCUCCCUACUCAUGAGUAGGAGGAAGAGGGUUUCAUCUAACCAUUUAUAGGAAAGUUUUAGGAGCAGGAAGUCAUAGAUGCAAAAUUGCUUGAAGAAGUAAAAGAUUUUGCACAAAUUAAUACACUGAUAUUAAUGUUCGAGGGGCUCAGAACCUGAACAGCUUUUCAGAAUUACCAAGGCUUUUCCAUGUUUUUAUAGCCCAGGAAGCAAGCCGAGUGAGUUCCCAAGAGACAUAUAGGGUUGGAGUGAGAAGCCAGAUUUCUCAACUCCCGGCCAAUCCCAUGUACCAGAUGUCCAUGGGCUUGGCAGGGCAGAGUCCCUCACUCUCAGCUCUACGGCACAGGCUUGGUCCUUCAUCUGCACCCCCACUGCCUUCCUCCCUUCCUGGCUCACACUUUACUCCUAGCAUCAUGCAGACCCCAGCUCUGCACUGAUUCUAGCAAACAUCGUCUGAACUUGUUUAGAGAGGCAUGGCGUAGGGUGGCUCCAGACACACUAUGGCAGAAUGGUCCACAGGCAGAGAAAGUGAGGGUGGCAGACAUGGUGACCCUGAGAACCCAUGUCCAGGAACAAGGGAGAGGAAGGGACAGAGAUGAGAUGUGGUGGGGAAUUUUAAGGACAUAUGAAAUUUCUGUGCAUGAGACCAUACAUGGGCUGGAUUCUGCAAGGUUGCAGAGAGGUGAUGCCCAGGGGAGGUGCUGUCAAGGAAAAGAAGUGGCAAGUGUGUCCCUCCUUCCAGGAGGGCAAGUUGACCUAAACAUGGCCAUGAGACACAGAGAAGCAAAGCCGGGGCCUGGCUCCUGUGGCAGUUUGGUGUGCAGAGGUUGGCUGCCUCAGGGAGGAGAGUGGAAGGCUGUAAGGAAGUCUCCCAAGGCUGCUGGAAGCUGCCAGCAUGUUAAACUGGUACUGGACUGCUGUCAACUUGCUAUGUGUCCACAUGAAGAUAACCUGUACUCUCUACAUGUAUUAAUAAAGCAUGUUGAUCCACCCUUAGUACUAGCAGAACCUAUAAGUGAUGAUUUUUUUGCCUUAAUAAAAAUUCUGCUAAGCUGUCA